GAGGAGAUCGUGUGUGACGUCAUCAUGACGCAUCAUCAUGUGGUUAUGGCAGCCUCCUGAGUCCUGGCUCCGUUGAACUCUCGUAUAGAUCUAUGUUGUCUCCUUGGUGCAGGUAUAGUGUUUGGCCUGUUUCAUAGCCCAUACUACUGAAGCGUGGAACAAAUUUGAUGGGAAUGGCAGCUCCACAAUACUCAGCCGACCGCCAGUUUCUUUGGAGUCUUUUCCAGAAGGUGGACAGAGACAGGAGUGGGGAAAUAUCUGCUGCUGAACUGCAGGCUGCCUUGUCUAAUGGCACAUGGACCCCUUUCAAUGCAGAAACAGUUCGUCUCAUGAUAGGUAUGUUUGAUCGCAAUAACACCGGGACCAUCAACUUUGAAGAAUUUCAGGCACUUUGGAAGUAUGUGACGGACUGGCAAGCUUGCUUCCGAAGCUUUGAUCGGGACAACUCAGGAAACAUUGAUCGCAAUGAGUUGAAAACAGCCCUGACUACUUUUGGAUAUCGUGUUUCAGAUGGAUUUUAUGAUCUUCUCAUGAAGAAAUUUGAUAGAUCUGCUCAAGGAAUCAUCCACUUUGAUGAUUUCAUCCAGUGCUGUGUGGUGUUGCAUACCUUGACAGCAGCAUUCCGGCAACAUGACACUGAUCUUGAUGGAAUUGUGACUGUAUCCUAUGAACAGUUUCUCACCAUGGUCCUCAGCCUCAAGAUUUGAGCCUCCAUUUAGCUCCUCUCUCCUCCUGUGAUUUCCUUUUCAUGGUGUAUUCUUGGCCAUUAGGACUAUGUCUUUUGAUUUGUGUCAUGCAUGGUGCCCCAUUUGUGCUUUCAAGCAUCACCUUCAUGAUGUUAUUUCUGGCAUCCAGCUGCAAAUACAUAUUUUUGAGUUUUGAG